AUGCAAAAACGUUUCUUACCUGACGUUUCACCACAGCAGUUUACGCCGUACGAUGUCAGUGCGAAGGCUGAUUUAAACCUGACGUAUUUCUUCACACAGCCCGUUGCCUUGCAGUGUAAAGUGGGUCCGAUCGGCAAAAUCAUCGAAAGUCAGGUGGAUAAGGCGUUGCAGCCAGAAAUGGUGGUCGUUGCGGCAUUCACAAAGGCACCCCUACGAGAUAUGUCGAAACAGAGUUACGCGUUGAAGUUCACCAAAGACAAUUUGGCAGUAAUCAACAUCGUCGCCUUGGUUACUGAAAAGAAAAUUGAAGUCGGCUGCGAAACGGCAGAGAAUCAACUGAAAAACACGGUGAGCAUCACCGACAAAGAUAAGCUGAGCUUCUUGAAGGAAGACAAAGGGUUUCUUUUCCUUGUCGAGAUUUUAAGCCCGAAGAAAGUGUCGGAAGCGGUGCUCAUCUGUGCAUUUCAGAAGGUUGGAAGACGCGCCGCGAUCGUUCGACUGAGUGAAAACCCCAACCGACAGAACAACCCUGGUCGGUAA